AUGUCAGAGGUCGAAUCGCUCAGUGCCUUUGGCACUGCGCGGUCCACCGUCAAAGGCGAACCCCUCAGCAAGGAAGAUAUCGAGUUGUACAACGACUUCUUCAAGGCAAGCUGCUACAUUUCCCUGGGCAUGAUCUACCUCAGGGAAAACCCCCUUCUUCGCGAGCCUCUCAAGAAGGAGCACCUCAAGGCCCGUCUUCUCGGUCACUUUGGAUCAGCUCCGGGCCAGAUCUUCACCUAUAUGCACUUCAACAGACUCAUCAAGAAGUACGACCUCGAUGCCUACUUCGUCUCGGGUCCGGGUCACGGAGCUCCCGCUGUCCUCUCCCAAUCGUACCUCGAGGGUGUUUACUCUGAGGUCUACCCCUUCAAGUCCCAGAGCACCGAGGGUCUCCGCAACUUCUUCAAGUACUUCUCCUUCCCUGGCGGCAUCGGCUCCCACGCCACACCUGAGACGCCAGGAUCGAUCCAUGAGGGUGGUGAGCUCGGCUACUCCAUCUCCCACGCCUUUGGCAGCGUCUACGACAACCCCAACCUGAUUGCCCUCACCAUGGUUGGUGACGGUGAGUCGGAGACGGGCCCCCUUGCCACGGCCUGGCACAGCACCAAGUUCCUCAACCCCAUCACCGAUGGUGCUGUCCUCCCCGUCCUCCAUCUCAACGGGUACAAGAUCAACAACCCCACUAUCCUGGCCCGUAUCUCGCACGAAGAGCUCAAGGCUCUGUUCGUCGGGUACGGCUGGGAACCUUACUUUGUCGAGGGUGACGACAUCGAUACGAUGCACCAGGCCAUGGCCGCGACGCUGGAGCGAUGCGUUGUGCAGAUCCGCGAGUAUCAGAAGCAGGCCCGUGACAGCGGCAAGGCCUUCCGCCCCAGGUGGCCCCUCGUGGUGCUCCGAAGCCCCAAGGGCUGGACUGCGCCCCGCAAGCUUGAUGAUAACUACCUCGGCGGCUUCUGGCGCGCACACCAGGUGCCCAUUACCGACCCUGCCACGAACCCGGCCCAUUUCAAGUUGCUUGAGGAGUGGCUGCGCAGCUACGAGCCGGACCGUCUAUGGGACGAGGAGGGCCGUCCUGACCCCAGGUUCAGGGCCCUCUGCCCCGACGGUACUCGUCGCAUGAGUGCCAACCCUGUUGCCAACGGCGGCCAGCUCAGGAAGCCGCUACGCAUGCCCGACUUCCGCAAGUACGCCAUUGAGGUUAAGAACUCUGGUAGGGUAUCAGGACCCAGCAUGUCCAACAUGGCGAAGUUCCUCAGGGACAUCAUAGCCGAAAACAACACCAACUUCCGUCUGUUUGGUCCCGACGAGACCGAGUCGAAUAAGCUUGCUGAAGUUUACAAGGCUGGAAAGAAGGUCUGGAUGGGCGAGUACUUUGAAGAAGAUGCCAAUGGCGGUAACCUGGCAAUGGAGGGUCGCGUCAUGGAGAUGCUGUCUGAGCACACGUGCGAGGGCUGGCUGGAGGGCUACCUUCUGAGUGGUCGUCACGGUCUCCUCAACAGCUACGAGCCCUUUAUUCAUGUCAUUGAUUCCAUGGUGAACCAGCACUGCAAAUGGCUCGAAAAGUGCCUCGAGGUCGAGUGGCGUGUCCCCAUUGCCUCUCUUAACAUUCUCCUGACGGCUGUCGUCUGGCGCCAGGACCACAACGGCUUUACCCACCAGGAUCCUGGCUUCCUCGAUGUGGUGGCCAACAAGAGCCCCGAGAUUGUGCGCAUCUAUCUGCCCCCUGACGGCAACUGUCUGCUUUCUGUCAUGGACCACUGUCUCCGCAGCGACAACUAUGUCAACGUGAUCGUCGCCGACAAGCAGGAACACCUCCAGUUCCUGGACAUGGAUACGGCCAUCCAGCAUUGUACCAAGGGUGCGGGUAUCUGGCCUCAGUUCAGCACCGAUGCCGGACAGGAGCCUGAUGUGGUCAUGGCAACCUGCGGUGACGUGAGCACGGGUGAGGCUCUGGCUGCCGUGGACCUGCUCCUUCAGCACUUGCCCGACCUGCGCAUCCGCUUCGUAAACGUCGUGGACCUGUUCAAGUUGAUCCACCCAAGCGAGCACCCCCACGGUCUUACCGACGCCGAGUGGACAGCCCUGUUCACCAAUGACAAGCCUGUCAUCUUCAACUUCCACAGCUACCCGUGGCUCGUUCACCGCCUCACGUAUAAGAGGCCCGGAAACCACAACCUCCACGUGCGCGGCUACCGCGAGAAGGGCAACAUUGACACGCCUCUUGAGCUGGCCAUCCGCAACAACACGGAUCGCUUCAGCCUGGCCAUGGACGCUAUCGACUACAUGCCGCACCUGAACAACCGGGGUGCCGCCGCCCGCGAGGCUCUGCACAAUGCGCAGAUUUCCGCUAAGAACAAGGCUUUUGAGGAUGGAAUCGACCCGGUGGAGCUCGGAUCAUGGAACUGGACCAGGGAAAACAAGUUAGGCAAGUAA